CUAAAAUCACACGGUAGAAGUAGAGUCACAGGAGCCCGUGCAUACCAUAACAAGACUACAUAUCUCAGUCAUAUAGGGAGGCUUCCUGUAAAAGCCCUAACUGAAAACUUGGAGUAGGAGAAGAACGUGAGUCACAUCAGCUGUGUGAGUCGGGUGAAUGGCUGAGGGCUCAGUCACAGAUCCCUUGGAUUUGAAAUCAGAUGGCACUUCAGCCCGACAGAAUCGUAACCAGCAGCAAUCCAGGAGGGCUCGGAACAGGGCGGACCACAACCGUAACUGGGGUGGUUCUAACAACUAUGGCCCACCGCACCAGAUGCAACAAGGCAAUUUUCCACAUGGGGUUGCACCGUCUCAUGUCAAUUCAACGGAGCACGUAAAUUUUCAUCCUCCUACCUAUUACCGUGAUGACAUACAAAGGGGCCGAGGAAGAGGCGGCGGGAGGGGGGGGAGAGGGGGAAACGGAGGUUAUGGUGUGGGAUCGGGCCGUGGCUCCGCUGGCCAGAAACAACGGUGGAAUAGGCCUGGGGAUGACACAGGUUUACCUGGUGGCCACCAUGGACUGUUCAGUGGCGCUGUAGGCUAUAGGCCAGGAACUCCCCCCGUGGAGAGGCCACCCCCCAUCGACGGGCCUAACUGGCGUAGAGGAGACACUGGCGGCCAAAUGGGCCGUGCCCACGAAGACCACCUGGACACCCGGCCUAAAAAGCCCAGGAAGUUCAGCCAGGAGCUGCGGAGGGGAGAGACAGGGGAGAGGAACGCCAGAGGAUCUCCUCACUCCGUAGACAAGCAGGAGAACCAGGAGAACCACACAUCAAGAGCUGGAGGCUGGGACCCCACUGAGCCCAGAGAAGAAACCCGGCCAUCAGAAACGGGAUCCAGGAACUGGAAAGGUGGAAGGACAGAAGAAAGGAAGCCCAAUGUUGGCACUCAAAAGAAAUUCCCAGAACCCAAGCGACGUCAGGGGCCAAUCAAAGGAUAUCCCCAAGAGAGGAAGGACCCAGAGAGCGGAGCCAGCGCCAACCCGCCUGCCCAUCAUGACAAACUGGCCCAAGGCACUGAAGAAGAGCCCAGCUGGAGGGGUCAGGGAAGAGGGCAGGGCCAGGGGAGACGCACCCCCCUGCAGGACAGAGGCCAAUGGAAAACAUCCAGAUCCGACUACAGGUCUGGGCAGAAGAAGUGGGAUAACGUGCCCAACAAGAGCAAGGAGACACAGACAGGUUGUCUGAUCGAGCAGCUUUCCGAGGAGAAGUACGAGUGCAUGGUGUGCUGUGAGGUGAUCCGAGUCAUGGCUCCAGUCUGGAGCUGCCAGAGCUGCUUCCACGUCUUCCACCUGAACUGCAUCAAGAAGUGGGCCCGUUCCCCGGCCUCACAGGCCGAUGAAACAAAUGACGGUUGGAGGUGUCCAGCAUGUCAGAAUGUUGUCUUCCAACCCCCAAACACCUAUAAGUGCUUCUGCGGCAAAGUAACCAACCCGGAGUUCCAGCGCAGUGAGAUCCCACACAGCUGUGGGGACAUGUGUGGAAAGAAGAGGAGCUCGGCGGAAUGCCGGCACCCCUGUAACAUAUUAUGCCACCCCGGACCGUGUCCACAGUGUCCUGCCUUUGUCACCAAGUCCUGUGUCUGUGGAAGAACCAGUAAGCCGAUGCGUUGCGGCCAAGCUGCUGCAAUCCGCUGCGACGAGCGGUGCGGCGCCGUCCUCAAUUGUGACGUGCACAGCUGUACCCAGGUGUGCCACAGCGGACCGUGCCAGCCUUGCCCACAACAGGUCCAGCAGGUGUGCUACUGCGGUGUUGUCUCGCGAGACGCGCUCUGUGGGACAGACAAAGAGUGCUUUGACGGCUCCGGACACUUCUCCUGUCAGAAGACAUGUGGAAAGAUGUUGGACUGCGAGGCCCACCGAUGCCAGCAGGUGUGCCACAGCGGGCCGUGCCCGCCGUGCCCGCGCUCCCCCAGGCUGGUGAGAACCUGCCCCUGCGGGCAGACGCCUCUGGCCAAGCUCCUGGAGCUGGGCUACCCCGAGCGGCGCUGGUGCUCCGAGCCCAUCCCCUCCUGUGGCAAGACCUGCAGCAAGCCUCUGCCCUGUGGUUCCAGUGAUAGCAUCCACAUGUGUGACAAACUGUGCCACGAGGACAGCUGUGGCCCCUGUUCGCUCACGUCCACCAUCAGAUGCAGAUGUGGCUCUAAGACCAAGGAAGUUCCUUGCGCGACCAUCCAGACGGAAGAUGAGUUGGUUUUCACCUGUGAGAAGCGCUGCCUCAAAAAGCGCUCCUGUGGUCGACACAAAUGUGGCGAGCUGUGCUGCGUGGGUGCAGAACACAAGUGUUCUUUGAUCUGUGGCUACAAACUCAACUGUGGCCUCCACCGCUGCCAAGAGCUCUGUCAUCGUGGGAACUGCCAACCCUGCUGGCAAACCAGUUUCGACGAGCUGGCGUGUUACUGCGGAGAGAGCGUCCUGUUCCCCCCUAUUGCCUGCGGCACCAAACCGCCAGAGUGCAAGAACCUGUGUACGAGGAGACACGAAUGCGACCACCCAGUGUUCCACAACUGCCACAGCGAUGAGCGGUGCCCACCCUGCACCUACCUCACCCAGAAAUGGUGCAUGGGCAAGCACGAGCAAAGGAGCAACAUCCCGUGCCACCUGCAGGACAUCUCCUGCGGCCUGACCUGCAACAAGGUGCUGGUUUGCGAGCUCCACCGCUGCCGGCGCAUCUGCCACCGCGGCGAGUGCCUGGCCGAGGGGGCUUGCCGCCAGCCCUGUGUGCUGCCCCGCCCUGAUUGCGGUCACCCCUGCAACGCCCCCUGCCACAAGGGGACCGGCUGCCCGCGCAACGCCUGCAACGCCAAGGUGGCGCUGCAGUGCGACUGCGGGCGGAGAAGGGAAACUGUGGUGUGCACCGAGGCAGCCAGUGCCCACCAGAGGUAUGCAGCCAUUGCCAUGGCCAGUAAGCUGUCUGACAUGCAGCUGGGUGACUCUGUGGACAUCGGUCUCAUCACUAAGAAGGAGCUGAAACAGACCAGGUUGGAGUGCGAUGAGGGCUGUGCUACCCUGGAAAGGAACAGGCGAUUAGCUGAGGCCCUGCAGAUUGACCCAUCGGUGGACCCCUUCAACAUCCGCUCCGCCUCUGCCACAUACAGUGAGAGCCUAAGAGCAGAUGCCAGAAAAGAUUUGAAGUUUGUCAGUGAGGUAGAAGAAGAGAUCAAGAAUUUGGUUGAACUGGCAUGCAAGGGAAAACAGCUCAAGAGGAGCCACUGCUUCCCUCCCAUGAACAGAGAACACAGGAAGAUAGUCCACGAGCUGGCCGAGGUCUACAAUGUGGAGAGCGUGAGCUACGACAGCGAGCCCAAGCGCAACGUGGUCAUCACCGCCGUCAGAGGGAAAUCUGCCUGUCCUAACUCAACCCUGACCUCCCUGAUCGAGAGAGACACAGGGAUCUCAAGAGCUCCUCCCCCCAUUGCCCAUAUUAAACAACAUAGCAGCAAGGCUGACAGCAUUAGCAGCUGGUCCAAGGUGGCCAAAGAAGAGCCGCUGAUCGACUACUUUGAUGUCCAGGAUUGAUUAAGGCCCAAAACUUGCAAACCUGAUGUAAAAGUCAGACAAAAUAAAAUCAGUCUCCUGAUCGAU